AAAAGCCAAAGAAGAUAAGCCGUUAAGGGACAGUUGGUCGGAAACAAUGUAUGCCACUCCCACUCUCACUGUCUACCCCAAGCUCACUGCCUUUCACUCUCUCUCUUCCACACCUUCUCUUGGAUUUUCCUUCACUUUCCGGGAAAAUACCAGCAAGAUUUUCUCACCCACUGGCUUCUCAUCGCGCAGAGUUGGGUGGUUUUCUUCGCUUCCUUCUUUAAGAAUCUCUGCUACUUCCCAAGCUUCCCCUACUUCCACUGAAGCAUCGAAAAUCUCAUCUUUGCCUUCUGAAAUGAAGGCAUGGGUUUAUGGUGAAUAUGGGGGUGUUGAUGUUUUGAAGUUCGAUACCAAUGUUUCUGUACCCGAAGUGAAGGAAGACCAGGUUCUGAUUAAGGUCGUCGCUGCGGCUCUUAACCCAGUUGAUUCCAAGAGGAGGCAGGGCAAGUUCAAGAACACCGAUUCUCCACUUCCGACUGUUCCAGGAUAUGAUGUUGCUGGUGUGGUAGUAAAGGUUGGGAGCCAAGUAAAGGAGUUUAAAGAAGGGGAUGAAGUAUAUGGGGAUAUACAUGAGAAAGCUCUUGAAGGUCCCAAGCAAUCUGGCUCUAUUGCAGAGUACACUGCCGUGGAAGAGAAACUAUUGGCUCUAAAGCCUAAGAAUCUUAGCUUUGCUGAGGCUGCUUCACUUCCUCUUGCUAUUGAAACUGCCUAUGAGGGUCUUGAAAAAACUGGGUUUUCUGCUGGUAAAUCUAUUCUUGUUUUGAAUGGUGCUGGUGGGGUUGGAAGUCUGGUCAUUCAGCUAGCAAAACAAGUAUUUGGUGCUUCCAGAGUUGCAGCCACUUCAAGCACAGGAAAAUUGGAUUUCUUGAAGAGCCUGGGUGCUGAUUUGGCCAUUGACUACACUAAGGAGAAUUUUGAAGAUUUGCCAGAAAAAUUUGAUGUGGUUUAUGAUGCUAUAGGACAAUGUGAUAGAGCAGUGAAAGCAGUGAAAGAAGGAGGUAGUGUGGUGGCACUAACAGGUGCUGUUACACCUCCUGGAUUCAGAUUUGUGGUCACUUCCAAUGGAGAAGUUUUAAAGAAGCUAAAUCCAUAUUUAGAAAGUGGGAAGGUGAAGGCAGUGAUUGACCCCAAAGGGCCGUUCCCAUUUUCUCAGGUUGUUGAGGCUUUCUCCUACCUUGAAACAAACCGAGCCAAGGGAAAGGUUGUUAUACAUCCAAUUCCCUGAAAAAAAUAAAAAAUAAAAAAUACUAAGCAAUUUUGGCAUGGCUCGUAUGAUGAAAUACUCGCAUAUAUGUGAUGUAUAAAACAGUGGAAAAUAUGUGUUUUAGCAUAUCCUUCUUGUUCUUUUUCCUUUA